UGACAUUUCCAACCCUGGAUGAAUAGUCAUCAUUUACAUUCGAUACGGUGGUAUUCUAAUUAAAUAAAAUAGGAAUAGUGUCCAUUGUUCUUAUAGAAAUAAGUAAGGAGACUCCUAAUUUCGCCACAUAUAAAAAGAAAUAAAACAUUUGCACAGUUCUUUAACACUAUUGGUGCUUAGCACUCAUAUGUAUGUAUGUACGUGUAAGUGCAUAAACAAUAUUUCUUGGUGAAUUUAUAGAAACUGCGAAGGAAGAAAAGAAAGUUCUAUUUUCCUCAGAGAGAGAAAAAGGCAUCUAAAGCAGCAGCUAUGAAAUCAUCAUCGGUUUUCGCUGUUUUCCUUUUAGUGGGACUCUUCGUCGCCCCCUUCAAUUGUCAUGAUGCGACACCAGCACCAACACCAGCUACAAAACCUGUAGAAACAUCAACAGUUUCAACAAAUACUACCAAAGCAAUAGAUGAACCCAUAACAACAACAGCAAAAUUACCAACAACUCCAUCUGAGCAGCCUGUUACAACAAUAGCUCCCGAUACGAACACAACGACCACCCCAGUACCAACAACGACCACCCCAGAACCAACAACGACGACACCAGUACCAACCACAACCCCAACUCCAGAUACUACAAAAGUGCCACCAUCUAAUGAUACCACAACUUCUACAACAACUACAACAACAUCAACAACAACUACUACUACUGCACCUCCAGAUACCACGUCUACUACCAUAUCACCUAACUCCACAACCACUACGCCAGCUCCCACUCCAACGCCUGCACCUACACCUAUUCCACCCUGUCGUCGCUUUGAUGGGCCCUCAUUCAUUGGCGGAAUUGUUCUUACUUUGGGUCUGUUGGCAAUCGGUUUGGUAGCAUACAAAUUCUAUAAGGCUCGCAAUGAGCGAAAUUAUCAAACUCUUUGAGCCGCCACAGCUUUCACGUCUGCCUUUAAUGCGGCUUCGAAUGCUGGGUCAGGAUCUGCUGCUUCUAAUCUUUCUCAUGCAGAUGCGGAACGGGUGCGUUUCGUUCCCGCAAUUCCAUUGCGAUCUCCGCCUUCACCACCACCACCACCACCUCCGUCGCAGCAGACACCCAAUCAGCAAUCAUCUCCGGCCCAUCAAAGGCUGCUCUACACAUAAACUUAAAAAUUAUUACAACAUAAUAGCAAUAGCCCCACAAACUAUACACACUUUUUGAAAUAAAGCCCAUAAAAUCCAAUUGAAUUUUGAAUAAAUUUCGCAAAUUUAAACUUGAAACACGAGGAGCGUUUGAAUUCUUCUUUAACCAUACAAAACAACUAAAGUAUAUGUUUGUUUAUCCUAAAAUUAAGAAAAUAUUCACAUGCCUUUCAAAAAAAAACUUGUAUUUUUAUUGAAUAUACAUAGAAAUAUAUACAUAUAUAUACAAACACCACCACUAACAAAUGGAAAAUACUAUAUAAAUGUAAACAGAUUGGAAAAAAUCACUGUUUUAUAAGUAUACAUUAAAAUUAAACCCGCUAAUAAUGGGCGAAAGAGAAGUUUAUCAGAAGAAAAGAUAACAUUUUGAGACUGUAUAAAUAAGUAAAGUAAGCAAAUGUAAUGAAGUUAUAAUAAAAAUGCAUAACUUGUUUGUGCUUAUUCAAAAAUAUUCCUCAACAAAUAUUAACACCUACUAGUAACUAUCUAUGAUCAUCACAAGUUUAUGUGCUACCUUACAAAAACAAAACAAAAAAUAUGUUGAAUCUGUACACACACACACACACGUCUAAAGUAUAAGAAAAUGUACGUACACAUUAUCUCAGCGGCCUACACCAAAUGAAUUAUAAACAAAAACGAAAUGAGAGAUGCGUAUAUACUAUAACAUA